AUGAAGUUCUUUAGCAUCCUGACCUUUGCUGCGGCAGUAGCCGCCACGCCGAUGCCUGGCCUCGAGCUCAGCGUCGAGCAGCCCAAGGAUCUUGCUGUCCGCCAGGCGAACCUUGCCACGGUCGUGCAGACCACGGUCCAGACAGUCAGCCAGACAAUUAACACGAGUCUGGACGCCAUCACCACUGCCAUCUACCAAGCCGGGGGCAACAUCACCGUCCAAGUCCAAACCAUCAUUGAGGCGAACCUCCAAGCCAUCGCGGAUGCUCUCGGCACUGGUGCCAACGCCAUCACCGCCGCCAUCGCCGCCGCGGGCGGCAACAUCGGCGCCAUCGUCACGGGCUACGGACUCGUCCAGGUCGGGCAGCUUCUCAAUGCUACCAACCAGCUCGUCGCUCUCCUCACCAACCUGGGCGUCAAGCUCUCCGUCAUUGUCGAAAACCUCGAAGGCGUCCCGCCGGCCGUGCUCGCGGCGCUUCAGGCCGAGCUGCAGGCCAUCAACGACGCCAUCAGCCCCUUUGUCGGCCCCGUCGGCCUCGUUAUCAAUGCCGUGCGCGCCGUCAGCCUCACGGGCAGCCUGCUGCUGACCGGCUUCAAUGCCCUUGUGCCGGGUCUGUUGAACAUCAUCUUUAGCCUGCUUGGCGGGAUCUAA